AUGGAAUACUGUGAAUAUCAUAAGAUAUAUGGGCAUUCCACCAACGAUUGUUACGACUUGAAAAAUAUAAUAGAAAAACUGGCCAGAGAAAGUCGGUUAGAAAGGUACCUGGUAGAAAGAUCUGACGAUCAGGGGAAAAGAAAAAAAAAAGAAGAGGAAGAUAGAAGUCAACGAGAUCAGCCAACACGAACUCCUGACAAACACAUCCACAUGAUAGUCGGAGGAUUUGUGGGAUGUGGAGUAACCAAGUCUUCCUGCAAAAGACAUUUGAAAGGAGUUUAUCAAGUUGAAGAAAAGGAUGAAGUCCCCGAAUUGCCUAUUAUUUCCUUCACAAAGGAAGAUGCACAAGAAAUAACACUAGGGCAUGAUGAUCCCGUUGUAGUCACAAUGAUACUUGCCAAUACAAAUCUUCACAGGACUUUGGUAGACCAAGGAAGCUCGGCCGACAUCUUGUUUACGCCUGCCUUGGACAAGCUGGAAUUGGAAGAAAAUGAGUUAAGAGCAUACCCUGACACUCUUUACGGGCUGGGAGACACACCCAUCCAACCUCUUGGUUUCAUUCCGUUGCACACCACUUUUGGUAAAGGAAUGAAAUCUCGAACUUUGAGUAUAGACUACAUUGUAGUUAACGUAGCCUUAGCUUACAAUGCCUUGAUAGGUCGGACGACGUUGAACCGACUUGCUAUAAUCGUCUCUACUCCUCAUCUUUGCAUGAAAUUUCCGAUUUCAAAGGGAAUAACCCCCAUAAGAGGAGAUCAAAAAUUGGCAAGGAGGUGUAACAAUGAAAACUUGAACCUGUGCGGAUGUACAAAAGGAAAAGAGAUCAAUACUAUUGAACUCAGAGGUGUCCAAACACGAGAAAAGUUGAGGCCACAACCUGAUUGA